CUAGCUUAAAAUAGGUAGUAAACAACGCUCUUAACCUCGAUCUCACUAGAAUCGCAACCAUGGCCAUCAACCAUUCUAUGGGUAGCUCUGGGAGCUCUAUUUCCUCCUCAAUCCUUUCUUCAAACCUUGGAAACAUGGCACGGCGGCAGUAUAACCACUUUCACUUCCACGGAAAGAAGGAUCUGGCUCAAGCUGCUGAGGAAGCGAAGUGCCACUAUUGCCAACUCGAGGCCUUUUCAACACACAAGGAGUUCGCCGUUUCGAUUGUCUUCGCACCAGGAGAGACUCGUAUGAUACCAAAGGGAUUCCAGUUCAUCGAAGAUGUUAUGCUCACACCUGGUGUUCAACUCGCGGAGAGUAAUUUCCUAUCGGGUUGUACAUGUAUUGACGAAUAUAAUUGCAUGGUAGAAGGUUGCGAGUGUAUGGCCAAUAUUGCUCAUGAUGGUGGUAAGAUCAAUGCCUACCAUGUUGUUGGAAAUCGUAAGGGAUGCCUUCGAGGCCAUAUGUUGGAUUCCAGAUUGCCAAUAUACGAGUGCAACGACCGGUGCGGUUGUGGUGAGAACUGCGCCAAUAGAGUUGUUACUGCUGGAAGAAAGAUUAGCUUGCAAAUCUUCCCCACUGAGGAUGGUCGUGGCUGGGGAGUUCGCUCAUCAGACGAUAUUAAGCGUGGUCAGUAUAUUGGUAACUACGUUGGAGAGCUCAUCACCUCAGAUGAAGCCCAUCGACGUCGGCGAGCUGGCGAUAGUAUGACACACAAGGAUGUCUACCUGUUCGCCCUGGACAAGUUUAGCAAUCACAACAGCACGGAUCCUCGACUCAACGGUGACCCUUAUGAGAUCGAUGGCGAGUUCUAUUCAGGUCCAACUCGCUUUAUCAACCACUCAUGCGACCCUAACCUUCGGAUCUUCGCCGUGGUAACUGAUUCGGCCAAUACCCCAUUCCACGGACUUGCCUUUUUUGCCUUGAAGGAUGUCGACAAAGAUACAGAAUUGACUUUCGACUACACUGAUGGAAUCUCCAAGAAGGAUGACCGUCCCCUACAACAACUUUCGAAGGAGGAGCGAGCUGGUCUGACAGAGUGCCUUUGCGGUUCCCCUAAAUGUCGGGGAUAUCUCUGGUGAAUAGAACAGCCUAAUUCUUACGCGAUACACGGAAUCUGGGAGUUCCCGAUGGGAUUUGACUCGGGUGCUUUCAAUGUGGGCAUAUCUACAGUGGCUUCUGAGCAUGGCGUGCUUGUGCUAGGUUGAAGGGUAGGUCUCCUUGAUGACAGGAUGAAUGCGAUGAGAUAUGAUGUGCUUGAUGGUUUCCGGAGUUUGAGACAAUACCCAGAAUAAUGGCGUCAGAUUUCACUUUUUUAAGAUUGUAUAUGAAUCUUUGAUUCGAAGACCAUGUUGUACCAUAGGCAGGAAGUGGAUGAGAUCCACGCGUCAGGAUUAGAUCAGUUAGUCUGUGGUCAAUUUGAAGGCUGAAGAGGCCGCUCAGGUGAGAAACAGACCUUUGACAGCUCCAAAAUAUCAAUAAAUAUAAG